AUGAAUUGCACGUGUGCUGUAUGGCAUGAAUCGAAAUGUUUGCAUAACUUCGUCAAAGUGAGUCUCAAACUUCUUCAAGGUAUAUUAUGGUUUUAUAAUUAUUAUGUGCAGUUUUUCUAUUACUAAAAUAAAAUUGGAUGAUUACAAAUUCUUUUAGAAACCUAAUAAUUCUAAUUUAGCGUUUUCUCAUUUUAAAUCAUUUAAAUAAAUGUGGUAUGUCAUGAUUAUGUUUGCUAAUAUGUUUAUGUAAAGCGCGGUGAGCCUAGCCCUAAACUGAGAAUCCACGCUAUACAAGACCACUAAUAAUAACAAUAAUCUAAAUUAUUUUAUUUUAUUCAUUAGAUAUUAUAAUUAAAUAGGAAAGCCAAAUUCUUUCUUUUCAUUAUGUUUUAAAAAUAGUUUAUUGUUAAGUUUAAUUUAAAAACCCUUGUCGUAUAUAAAGAAUUCAUGCUUGAAAUAGUGUUACUGACCAUUGAAAAGAAAAUAAUUAUUAAUAGUAACAAUUAAACUUUUACAGAUGAAGAAAGCAAUGUAGGUGCCAUUAUUGGUGGAGUUAUUGCAGCAAUUGUUGGCGUCUUGAUAAUCGUGGCUUUGAUGGUGUUUAUUGUUAAAAAACGUUCAAGUAAGUCAUUUGAACAUGUUGAUAUAUUGAAAUACACCAAACCAGAAGAGUUUUGUUUUUCGUAACAACAAUAAUUUUUCUUUCUUUAUUACUUAACUGAAUUUUUUGCUGGUCAUGUGUUUUAUCAAAUAUCAUCCUGAUGAGCUCGUAACAUAACAAUUUAACCACACAUUUUUUAUUUUGGUUAGCUGUCAUAAUCUUCUUCCCAGUGUUGUGUUAUGAGUUACCUUUAGCUGUCCAUUGGAUAUUGUUAGUAUGACUGCUCUCUAUUUUCAUUAUUUUCUGGUGUCCUGGUAUACAUGGUAAGUUUAGCUUAAUUGAUUUGGUUUAGAGAUUUUUUUUAAUAGGUGUUAAUGUGAUAUUGCAAAACUUAAUGAUCAUAUUUCUUAGUAUUUUUUGCAAUCUAGAGAAGAUCGAGCUAUUUAUUGGUUUAGCUUGUUUGCCUAAGUUUUCUAGGUCGGUUUGCAGGGGAAGAAUAUUUUUUUUUUUGAGUGACCUCAUCUAGUUUUAAUUUCUAUUUUAUUCUAUGUUUUUUUUUCUUCUAUUGUUAAUUUGGGAUUUUCCUGUACCCUUAAUCUACCUCGAUAUCUGUUGUCUGCCCUCUCAUAUUUAUCGUAUACAUAUUUGUUUGUAUUUAACAUGCUGCUAUUUAGGAGUGAUCUUAAACCACCCGAGACAUAAAUAAUUAAUAUAACAAUAAAAGUAUGGACUUCUUCACAUUCUUCUUUUAAUAGACUUUACUGCCUUGUCUUGCUGCACAUUUGCCGGACGACAAAGCUUUUUCUAUCCUCGAUCAGCCAAAUCCUAUGUACAACUGGCGUAGUUUACUCGUUACUACCACAUGAAGUACUUACCAGGCUUUAGAUUAUGUUUAGCUGCUUUGUUGAACUUACAUUCACAUUUUUAUUACUUAUUAUUUUAUUUUUUUUAUUUGCCCAUCAACCUGGAACCUAGAUGUUUUGAUUUCUGUUCGUUUUUGGAGAUAUUUGCUUGUAGGGAUAUUAGGAAGUAUUAUUUUAGUGAAGACCGGGGAUACGGUAAUGGUGUUGUUUACGUUCCGUCUCCACUUUUAAAACUAUGCACGGAGCCGUAAUUAUCAAAUUUAACGAAACAUAAGAUAUCGGAAAUGUCAGAGAAAAUGACUGACAUUGAUUAGUGUAACUUUGACUAGACAUAGUUGACUGACACAAAUGUACAAAGAAAUGUGUCUAUUACACAAGUAAACACUUAUGACUUUAAUAAUCAAGCUAAUAGUGAUAUUAAUAAAUCAAAUCUGUUUUUUAAAGAUAUUAAAAAUAUUCCAAUAACUGCUUCAAUAUUGUUUCCAGAUAAACUGAAAAGACAGUUACAAGAAGCAAACAUUAAGUGAGUUGAGCAUGACAAAAAAAAAACAUUCGAUGAUAAUUUUUUCUAGUCUUGCUAAACACACAAAUAUCAACGAAUAUAUAUAAUUUUCAAUAAAUUCAGCAUAUUUUUACCUUCAUGAAGAUGCAAUGAAAAUAUAUUUUAUAUAUUUAAAAUAUCAUUAAAAUAUCUAAAUUUGAUUGAAAAGAAAAUAAUAUUGAAGAAGCAAUGCUGACAUCUUGUAAACACCAACAAUUUAGAUCCUACAAAUUAAUUUUAUGUUUCUAGCAAAAUGCAGAACUACUCAAAUGUUCAAGGUAAGAUAUCAAGACUUCCUAUUGUAUGCUAGUAAAAAUGAUUAAAUAACAUAUUUAGCGUGAAAGAAAAAUGAGUACGUUAAUUGUAAAAAAAAGUUACCUUACGAUGUUGUGAAAAAUUAAGGUACUUUAUAAUUAACUUUUGCGUUGCGUUUGUGAUUCGUGUAAUUUACGCAUAUGAAUUAAGAAGAAAUUUUGUUUUCAUUUUCUUAUUACUCAGUAUCAUUUAUUUAAUAUGUAUUUUAAAACAAAUUCACGGGGUCAUCUGAUCAAUGUUUACUCAGCCAAACCAUAACAACAAAAAAUGAUAUGAAAGCAGAAAUUGUAUUCACCAACCCAAUAUACUUUACUAUAUUUUCUUUCCUAAAAUUAAAAAAAAAAAAAAGUUUUUUCGUGGGUGAAUGUACCCAAUAGGAGCAAUAACAUAUUUAGUAUCAUGCUAAGGUUAUGGCAUGGAGCCUUCUCCAUUUUUGAGUCCACUAUGCACAUUUUUUUUUUUAAAUUGAGUCACAACAUUUUUAUGUCAAAAAGUAAACGUCACCUUACUUGUUUACACAAACGUUUAGGUCAGUUUAUCCGCUUACUCUUUCUUCAAAUCAAGCUAUUUUUUUUAAAAACAUGUUUUCUAAGUGAGCGAAGAAUACAUGAACUCCGAGACGCAUCAAUAUGAAAGACCCAUCUGUACGUCUGACAGAACUACUCACACUGAGGACCAUACAC